AUGGGUUUAUUAACGGGCAAGAAGUCCAAAGAGACCCCCGCAACUAGUUUUGCUAGUGACAAGAGUUCCCGACCGCCAUCUUACGAGAGAGUCAAGCAGGAAGUACUGCUACAAUUACCCAAACUCAGUUUGAACGAUCUUUCCAACGUCCCAAGUUCCCGAACUGUCACUCGCGAUCAGUGUGUCGUACAUCUCAAAUUUUUGGCUGUUUUAGCAGACCUGCGUGACUACAUCUCUAAUCAGGAUGGACUGUUCGAUAUUUACGAUGCCGAUGCAAACAAGUUUCCAGAUUCUUUCGACGAGGCAAUGAUUCGCAUUAAAGAGAAACGGUUCGCUGUCUAUGUGGCUCGUGCAGCUGAACGGUACGAGAAGUGGUGGUUCACUGCUCUACCUAUGUCACGAGGAGUGGCGACAAUCUCCGAUCAAGAAAGUAUCACUUACGGAACUAUCACCAAUGGUGAUACGAAGGUCGUGUGGUCUGCUAAGACACUGCCUCCCCUUGAUAUUCUGAUGGUCUGGCAUUCCCACAUGCUCAAUCCUAGAAACUAUCUUGAGGAUUGUAUUCGCUAUGGUAAGAUGAGUACCUGGCGAACGGGUUUCCCCUUUGAGAUUGUGAACGCAUGCAUCGACGACAGAACGUUGGAAUAUUCCCCAGAUGAUGCGAGCAAAGACUCGUUCGAGCAUCAGAUGAAGCUUAAGUGGGAUAAUCUCCAAGAUCCACUCGACAAGAAACUUGAAUGCCCCCGCUGCAAACACGCCAUUCUCGUGCCAUGGACCGAAGGCGCUAUGACAGGUCCACUCAAAGAUGCAUUUGAACGCAGCACUGGAUUCGCCGACAAGGGCUUUGAAACUGUUUGCAGGCACUGUCUGGGCAAGGUCGACCACGGCCGACUGAGAAUUGCCAAAUUUCAUCAAGAUCUGAUGGAAUUACUGGACCAUGGUCGAUCUGUCCCGGGAGCCCUGUUGAACAUGAAUGGAAUGCCGGACGAUAUAAAGCUCACCCGACCAUCGGUACUUCAUGAUAACAUGCUCUUCCCCAGUAAAUUUCUGAAGGCAUGUGGAAAGGACUUGAUUGCGUAUACAGACACCCGAAUUGAUCGGUGCCAUGAUAUCAAUCAACUGAGCACUUGGCUGGAAACCGAGCUGCGUAAGAAAGAUGUGUUGAAGGCAAGCGCGCGCAAUCGUACUACUCUUCGACCGGGAGAGAAGAUUCAUUUCCGACGCAUGAUGUCUCGCUACUGGGAUAACUUCAGCCCAUUUGCACUUGACCUUGUCGGUGCAGUCAUCCGCCAGAGUACAUUUGUCCAGAAGAUGGAUAAUAUGGAUUGGCUUCACUCACCAGCAGUGAUGGACACAGCCGAUCGACUGAUUAGAAAGUACGCCAUAUUCCUAACUAUCAUGUUCGACAAUCCAAAGCAAAUGGCUGUACCCACAUUGGACGUUGAUCUCGCCUGGCACACGCACCAGCUCCAUCCAAGCAGAUACUAUAACUACACAACGGGAUUCUCAGGAGAAAAGUCAAGCCCUCGGUUUAUCGACCACGAUGACAAAGUCAACGAAAACAAGCUCUCAGAGUGCUUCGAAUGGACCAGCAAGAUGUAUCGCCGUGCCACGAACGGCGGGAUCUACAGCGAAUGUACCUGCUGGUACUGCGAAGCCACUCGCACACCAGAUUUGUAUGAUCGAGUGAUUAGUAUUGGAUCAUCACGCCUUGCCCGUGAAAACGCUGAAUCACUCCAUGAUCGACAGGAUAUCUCGUCUAAUCCGGAUAAGAACGCGCAUAUCUCAGCUCAUAACGCCGUCUCCUCGGCAGACCGAAACCCCGCCGAGUCCCAAACUGGGAAACGACGUCGAUCAAAGGGGGCUGUUGAAACCACUCAACAUGCCCGUACUACUGAGCCGCUAGACUAUAUGCCAUAUGCGUACGGAUACCCUAUCUACGUACCUUACUACGGGCCGUAUAUGUGCGAUCCUGCUAUCGCUCCAAACUCGUAUGCUUGCAAUCCAAGCUGCAUGAAUAUCGCUGUUGGGGCUGUUGGAAGCUGUUGCAACGGAACCUGCGGCGGAGGUGUAGCAAGCGGUGCAUGUGUUGGGGCUGGCGGUACUUCGGGUGGAGCUGAUUUCAGCUGUGUACCGGUGCUUGUAGUGGAGGCGGGUGCGGCGGUGGAGGCGGAGGGGGAGGUGGUUGUGGAGGAGGCGGCGGCGGCGGCUGUAGUGGAGGAGGAGGAGGAGGAGGCGGAGGAUGUGGAGGAGGCUGCGGUGGUUGAGGAGGUGAUAUCCAAUGGCGAUGUCUUUGCUACGGCGUGA